AUGGAAGGUGGCAUCCACAAAGCAGAGAGCACCGAGUUCAGGGACUUGCUCUACCUGACGUCAAAGCAGCCCUUCAUACUUCGCCUCGCCUUCUCCGCCGGCAUCGGUGGCCUCCUCUUCGGCUAUGAUACUGGCGUCAUAUCAGGAGCUCUCCUGUACAUCCGAGACGAUUUCGAGCAGGUCGAGAAAAGCACCGUGCUGCAGGAGACGAUUGUGAGCAUGGCGGUGGCGGGGGCAAUUUUUGGCGCCGGCGCCGGCGGCUGGAUGAAUGACCGGUUCGGGCGGCGGCCGUCGAUCCUCAUCGCCGACAUUCUCUUCCUGGCCGGCUCUAUCGUCAUGGCUUUCGCACCGGCGCCCCCGGUCAUCAUCGUGGGCAGGGUCCUGGUCGGACUUGGCGUCGGGAUGGCCUCCAUGACGUCGCCGCUGUACAUCUCCGAGGCCUCGCCGGCGAGGAUCCGGGGCGCGCUGGUGAGCACCAACGGCCUGCUCAUCACGGCGGGGCAGUUCCUCUCCUACCUCAUCAACCUGGCCUUCACCAAGGUGAACGGGACGUGGCGAUGGAUGCUCGGAGUGGCCGGCGUGCCGGCGCUCCUCCAGUUCGUGCUCAUGCUGGCGCUGCCGGAGUCGCCGCGGUGGCUGUACAGGAAGGACCGGAAAAGAGAGGCCGAGGAGAUCAUGCGGAAGGUGUACCCGCCGGAGGAGGUCGAGGAGGAAAUCGCGGCGCUGCGGGCGUCGGUGGAGGCGGACAUGGCCCAGGAACGGUCCCUCGGCGGCGCGGGGCUGGCCGGCACGCUCAGGAAGGCGUUCGGCAGCGUGGUGGUCCGGCGCGGGCUCACCGCGGGCGUGCUCUGCCAGGUGGCUCAGCAGUUCGUCGGCAUCAACACCGUCAUGUACUACAGCCCGACCAUCGUGCAGCUCGCCGGGUUCGCGUCCAACAGCACGGCGCUGGCGCUGUCGCUCGUCACCUCGGGGCUCAACGCCGCCGGGUCCGUGGUGAGCAUGUUCUUCGUGGACAAGGCGGGACGGCGGCGGCUGAUGCUGCUCAGCCUCACGGGCGUCGUGGCGUGCCUCGGCAUGCUGAGCGGCGUCUUCUUCGCGGUGGACAGCCACUCGCCGGACGUCAGCCUGGCCGGGACGGCCCUCUUCGGCGCCAACGGCACGUGCCCGGAGUUCGACCUCGCCACCGUGGCCGGGGUAGAGUGGACCUGCGCCCAGUGCAUCAAGUCUCCCUCCGAAUGCGGCUUCUGCGCGGACACCGACAAGCUCCUGCCGGGCGCCUGCCUCAGGACGUCGGACGCGUCGCGGCGCGCGUGCCGGGCGGGGCGGCGCGAGUGGUACACGAGGGGCUGCCCGAGCUCCUUUGGCUGGCUGGCGCUGGUGGCGCUGGGCGCGUACAUCGUGUCCUACUCCCCGGGCAUGGGCAGCGUGCCGUGGCUCAUCAACUCGGAGGUGUACCCGCUCCGGUUCCGGGGCGUCUGCGGCGGCAUCGCGGCGGUGGCCAACUGGACGUCCAACCUGCUGGUGACGCAGACGUUCCUCAGCCUCACGCAGGCGCUGGGCACGGCGGGCACGUUCCUGCUCUUCGGUGGCGUGUCGGCGAUGGCGUUCCUGCUCAUAUUCCUUCUGGUGCCGGAGACCAAGGGGCUGCAGUUCGAGGAGGUGGAGCAGAUGCUGGGGAGCAAGGACUACAAGGCCUGGAAGAAGUUCAAUUCCAAGGGCUGA